AGCGACUAAUAUAAACACAACUCUCGACUAAUUUCAACUGAUUGUUUUUGUCUUAUGUAAACGGUUCACAUGUUUGUGUUGUCAGCGUCAACCAUUUUACAAUAACAUUCGCCGCUUCUUUUCGUUUCGCUUGCUGUACGUACAUCAAAUGAACUGACAUAAUAUUUAGCUCAACAAUUUUUGACAAGCAAAUUUUUUUUUGCGCAUUCAUCGAUCGGUCAAACAUUGAUUAUUUUGAAUUUGAAAAUAAAUAUCAGUUUUAUCGAUGGAAUCGGAAUUGGAGGAAACAUUUUCGUUUGUUGAAUUCGAAGAAGAGCUCAAAACGGCCGCUCAAAACAUCAAUCUUUUCGAUCAAGUCAUAAGUUCAAUUGUGUCUGGUGAAAAUGAAUUGCAAAACGACAAAUCGAAGUUUCAAACGAUGAAAACAACAAUGAAAAACUUUCAUGACAUUUUGAAAAAUUUUAAUUCAGACGUUGACAUUGUUUUUGCCCAUUUUGAUGAACAAGCCACAUCGUUGGAAGAAUGUCACACACAAAAAGAAUUUGCCAACAAUAAAUGUCAAAUUACUCAUAUUGUCGAUGCACAACAGUUUAUUUGCUAUGUUAUCGAUAUAAAUGGCGAAAUUUUCUCGCAAUUGAAACAUUUUUGGAAGCAGUCCAUGGUUCAAGAAGUCGAUUCGAAUGGUUCUAGUUCGCUUGGUUUGAAUGACAUUUUUGGCAUCAAAAUCGAUUCGAAAGUGCAUCGUGCAAAAUUCAUUUUCGAUUCAUUGACGGCUGCGUUACGUAUCCGCUUGAUCGAUACGGGUGAAAUGAUUGAUCUUGAGGAUUAUAAUUUUCAAAAACUACCAGCCGAUAUUAAAUCACUUCCACCUUGUGCAUUCCUCUGCAAAAUCAAUCAGAUUGGAUCAGAAAAAAUGGAAUCGUUGUGCGAUUCACUGAAAGGUCAAAUAUUUGAAUAUCGCAUUUGUAAAACCGCUGAAAGCAACAGCCAAAUGCUUCACAUCGAUAUUUAUUCAACAAAUCCGUUUUUGGCUGGAUUCAAUGAAAAUAUGGAUUCAAAUUCGUUAGAUGACGUGGAUAGUGGUGAGCUGGUAAAUGGUUUGGAUGUAGUUAAAAAUGAUGUCGGUUCAAAUCUUGAACAAACAAUAAAUGAAACACUGAAAUGGAAAUGGAAUAUGGCAACGGAAGUUCAAUCGAAAAAAUCAGUGCACAUACCAAAUCCUAUUAAUAAUUCCAAUUAUGAUCUCAAUGACAAUACAUCAAAUGACAUUCAAUUGAACGAAUUUCGCAAUGCAUUCGCAACAUCACACCGCAACAACACAACGACACACAACGAUGAGUAUAACGAUGAUGCAAAUGGAGCAGCCGGUGGUGUUGCUGGUUCAGCACUUGAUACAGAGCAACAACCGUUGCGAAUCGACGAAAAAUCAAUUUCAAUUAAAAAUCGUUUGAACGAUUUCGCAUCAAACAUACAUUCAGUUGUAGUAGCCAACAAACGACAGACAAACAUCAUCAAUGUCCCUUCUCAGCCAUAUUGUUCAGUGAGUGAUUGGCGGGACUGGCAACAGAAACAACAAUCACCCGGCUCAAAAUCAUCAUUGACAUUUAAAAGCGUUCGCCCAAUGAAGACGCAAUGCGAAACAACAUACUAUUUUCAAAGCCAUCACAGCCACCUUAAAGUACCCAAUGUUGGCGACCAGACUACCAUUCUACCGACAUUUGUGCUGAAUGCCAAUGAAUUCUAUGGUCAAUUGGGAAGAGAAUUCAAUGGACUGCAAUACUUUGAGCAGCAAUUGAACGUACGUCGAGCACAUUACGAGUACAAACAAUACACCCAGAUACCAGAAAAAUCGGAAUUGGUUUUGGUAUUACUGGAAAAUGGUUUCUUUUAUCGAGCCAGAGUGUUGGACUGUGUUCAGCAACGAAUUACGGUAUUUUUACUUGAUUAUGGUACAACGCAUAUAGUUUUAAUGAGAAACAUUUACAAGUGGACAAACAUAUGCGACAAAUUCCCAUUUCAAUCAGUGCUUUUUACAUUUACCAAUGUAAGUAAUCAAAAUUGCACUGAAUCCGAAUUGGUCAAUUAUGUCAAAGAAAAACUACCGCAAACAUUUUUCUUGGCUGAAGUGGCGAAAAUCAAUGACCGAUCGAUUUAUGUGCGACUUUUUGACGAUUGUGGUUACGAUAUUGGCGAAGAAAUAAACUGCUUCUCUGCAUCCAUUCAAGGAUAGCAAUCGAACAAAACCAAACCAGAAAAUAUGUUUCAUGAAUCAACAAUUUUGCUAAAACGAAAUAAAUGAAA